GUAAACCACACCAAGAGAGAGAUAGUAGAAGUAAAAGAAAAGUGAAACAAGAAAAUGGAGAAGAGUGAUGCUCAUCACAAGACUAGCAACGGCGUUUCCGGUGGUGAUGCCACGGAGAAAUGGGAGGAUGGUAGUACGGGGCUCCGAACCACCGAGACAAUGCUCCGUUUAGCUCCGGUGGGUCUUUGCAUUGCGGCUCUUGUUAUCAUGCUUAAAAAUUCUCAGGAUAAUGAGUUCGGGUCAAUUUCUUACGCAAAUCUCUCAGCUUUCAGGUACUUGGUGCACGCAAAUGGAAUAUGUGCAGGCUACUCGCUUCUCACAGCAGUCAUUGCUGCCAUGCCUGGUUCUUCUUCCACAAUGCCUCGUGUUUGGACCUUCUUCUGUCUGGACCAGAUUCUGACCUACUUGGUUCUUGCUGCUGGAGCUGUGUCUACUGAAGUUCUGUACUUAGCAUACAAAGGAGACGAUGCCAUUACGUGGAGCGAUGCGUGUAGUUCCUUUGGCAGUUUCUGCCAUAGAGCCACUGCUUCUGUCAUAAUCACAUUCGUUGUGGUUUGCUUAUAUGUCGUUCUCUCUCUAAUCUCCUCCUACAAGCUCUUUACUCGCUUUGAUCCCCCAGCCAUCGCUGACUCUAACAAAAACGUUGAAGUUGCUGUCUUCGGAAGUUAA